ACCUAACUAAUGAAUAGAAAAUAGAAAUGGAGCAGUGAAGUUUUAUGAUAUACAAUUCCAAUGUUUAUUUGAAAAUUAUUAGAUGAGAAUGGCUAAAAGUGAAUGUAUUAUAUUACUGGAUCUCCAUGAAUUUUUUGCUGAUGAUAGACAGCGAUCAAUAAUUCUUAUAAAUCAAAAUUAUAAGAAAAUUAAAGAUUUGGAAGAUAGAAUUUCUGAUAUAUUUGGGAUUAAAGAAUUCCAUCUACUGAUUAAUGACCACCUUUUACCUUCUUGUGAAGAUAUUGCCUUACUCAAAAGUGGAGACACAGUUUGCAUAAAACCAAAUAUAUUUCCAUCUAAUUCGUUGCUGCUUAGUGGAUUAUAUUACACCAAUAAUUCAAAUACAAGUGUUGAAGGAAAAACUAUAUCUAACAAUGAAAUGGCAACAACACAAUUGGUACAAGAAUGUAAUGAAGUUGAAGCAUCUUCAAAAAGAAAUAAAGUUUCAAAAAAGAGGAAAGUUAAACAUAAAGUCAUAAAUGGCCAUGAGGAAAGCAAUGAAAUAUUGGGACUAUACAGUAUCAAACCCAACAACUCUGAAAUAAAUACUGUUUCAACUGAUUUUGAGGGAAUUCAACAGAAUGAGGUAGUAAUAGAAACUAAUUCACUUCAAUCAUAUAACAAAAAAAAAAGGAAACGCAAAUCAGAAAUAAAUGCAGGUGAGGAUUAUGUAAGUGACUUGAAAAAAUACAAAGAAGGGAAGCAUACAUUGCUGGAUGAAGAAAGUCAGAAAGCAUCCAAUCUAGAAAAUAAAUGUAAAAAGACAGUGACUCAAGAAAAUUUUAAUGCCUGCAAAUAUGAAACAACACAGAUCAUUGAAAAUAAUGAGAGUAAAGCAAAAAUGAUAUUUAUGAAUGAUGACGAAGAGCAAAUGAAUAACAAAAAUUAUACCCACUUAGGAGAUAUAUUGAAAUUUACAAAAGAUGAAAGAAUAAAUGAUAGCGGUAGUUUGGUAGAUUCAGUACUUCAAAAAAAUUCAAAAUCUAGUGCUGAAAGGAGUUUAUAUCAGAAGCAGCAAUCAGAAAAAUUUGAAAAAAAGAUAUUCAACUCAGCUCAUAUUACUGAAUGUAACAAAAUUCAAUCUCAACCUUUACCUUUCAAAAAAGCAAAAGAUAUUACAUCUUGGAGAACAACUCCUCUUUCUAAAACUAUAAAUUUAGUAAAAAUCAUUAAAGUUCCUACAGUUAAAAUAGAAAUUGAUUAUUCAAGAUUUCUCAAUAUUCCUGACCCAGAAAUCGAUGAAUCAAAUGAAAAUAUUAGCGAUAUUACUAGUAAGACUUCUAAGAUUUCAAUUCCACAUAAUUUUGAAUCACAGAAUAUUUCAAGAAUAUCUCCACAAAAGAAACUACAUAUUGAUUCAAAUAAUCCUUCUCAUUUAGAUAUAAAUUCCCAAAACUACCUUGAUCAGCACAAUACUGAACUUAUACAAUUCAAUAAUUGUUCACAGAUUACACAAGAUACAUUGAAACAAAAAAAAUGCAUUAAUUCUUCAGAUCUUGAUCAGUCUUUAUUUACAUCUGAAGAGAAUGAUCUCAAUUGUAGAGAAAUAAAAAAAAAAGAAUUGAUGCCACAUCCUAACUCAACAGAUGAAAACUCACUAUUUAAUUCAUAUUCUCAGGAUGUGAACUGUAGUGAUAUGGGAUUUGACCAUUUGAAAUUGAUAGAAAACUCUCAAAAAAUUGAAAGUUUGACAAAAAGUGAAGCAAGAGAGUUAUGGAGACAAAAAAUCAAUCAAAAAUAUAUUCAAAAUUAUGAAAAUUCAGAAAAAGAAUUAUUGAAAACAGUGAAUAGGCAUUUAAAUAUGGAUCAAUUAUGUAUGAAUUCUUCAGUAAAAGGAUCAAAAAAUUUUUUCCUGGUUGAAAAUAAAAUUGAAGAAAAAAACAGCCGUAUUGAAGAAAAUACGAAAGAAGAAUUUCCUAUAGACAUUUUCAAAAAUAUGAUUGAAUUUUCAGGAGCAAAUUCGAAACAAUUGACUGUUAACAUAGUACCUAAUAAAACAUACAACCAAGAAUUACAGUUUGCUGUUUUGAGGUCAGAAAAUGAAGUAAAAAAUAGAAUGAUUGAACUAUCCAGUGGUGUAGAAACAUCUGUUGAUUCCAUUGAUGAGGACUUGGUAUUUUCAAAUACUACAGAAAAAGAUGGAAAUUUCGUAGAACCAAAAAGAAGGAGAAGGAGACGACACAAAAAAAAGAUUAAGGAAAUUUUUCCUAAAAAAGUAGAAAAUACCUCUCGUGAAAAAACUUUCUCCUGGAUUCCUGCUAAACCAAAACUUCAUCUGAGGUUUAAUGAUUUUGAUAACGUUAUUCCGGUUCAAAGUGAUGUUACCAAUCCUGGAGAUCAAAUCAUCGAAAUUGGAGAAAAAAUCAAGAUACUUGGAGAUGUAUCUAUUAUCUCUGAAGUAAAUUCUCAAGGCAAAACUGAAUUAAUUGAUUAUGAGAACAAGAUUGGAGUUAAAUCGAGUAUUGAAGAUAAUGAUAUUCCGGUUGAAAGUGAUAUUACCAAUCCUGGAGAUCAAAUCAUCGAAGUUGGAGAAAAAAUCAAGAUACUUGGGGAUAUCUCUAUUAUCCCUGGAGUAAAUUCUCAAGGCAAAACUGAAUUCAUUGAUCAUGAGAACAAGAUUAAAGUUAUAUCGAGUAUUGAAGACAAUAGUGAAGAAAAGAAAAGAACUACUGAGCAUAGAAAUACGAAACAAAUAUUUGAAAUAGAAAGCUUGGAUAAUACACUAAUGAAACUUAAAGCUGAACUUCUUAAAACCAUUGAUACACUGAAAUCUGAUUCGUUGUGACAGAAUGUGAUGAAAACAUUAACUGAUAAUAUUGAUGCAGUACUUCAUAAAUGACACCUUGUCGCAUAGUAAAAGAGUAGAACCAAACAAAUUGUUCAGCAGUGAUUCCUAGUAAAGUAAUGUCAUUAAAAUCAUUCCAAGCAAGUUUAAUUGUAUCAUACAUAUCUUUGUAUUUUCGCUAAACAUCAAAAUUCAUUAUCAAUUAUUAAAAUACUGUCUAAGGUAA